CCUGUGUUUAGUCGGGAGGAGGCGCUUCAGCGUUGGUCAUGAUUUCACCACGAUCGAGCGGUGCGCCGAGGAAAUACUUCCCCACACCAACGUUCCUUCUCCUCACGAUGACAGCAUUUCAUUCCCGUGAUGUGGAGGAAGAGACCGACACCGCCAAGGAUCUAAAGGCACGUGUGGACCACCUGAUGACUGCGGAGACCACAAACCACAUCAACAUUCAGGAUCUGAUUGUAAGUGUGAAAGACCUGAUGACUGCAGAGACCACAAACACCAAAACCAUUCAGGAUCUAACCACACGUGUGGACCACCUGAAGACUGCAGAGACUGCAAAUGAAAACACCAUUCAGAUUCUCACUGCACAUGUGGACCACCUGAAGACUGCAGAGAACACAAACAACAAAACCAUUCCGGAUCUAAAGGCACGUGUGGACCACCUGAUGACUGCGGAGACUGCAAACCACAUCACCAUUCAGGAUCUAACCACACGUGUGGACAAGCUGGAUGGCAUGUCAGACAAACGUAAGGUGUGGUUUGCAGCAGUAGGGGGCAACACAAAGACAUGUGAUGGCAAGGUGAUGUUUGGCAACGUGCGCACCAACAUGGGUAACGCCUAUGAUGCCAACACAGGCAUUUUCACAGCCCCCUACAAGGGCGCCUACUUCUUCACCUUGAACUACCUAUCAGUUGGUAAGAGGAUUAAUCUACGUGUGUAUAAGGAGAAGGAUGGGAACAGAGAGAGGCUGAUGGACGUGUAUGACGACACCAACAUCACAGGGAAGUACUACAUGGCCUCCAGCAGCAGGAUGGUUGACCUGGAGGAUGGAGAGAAGGUGUAUAUCAAUGCUGAUAGUGACGAUGAACUUACAAAUUAUUGGUCUAACGUGUUCAGUGGCUUCCUGCUGCAUCCCAUGUAAAGUGGGGGCGGGCGCAUCCAUCCAUGAUAUCAGGGCAGUAUCGCUAUGGGAUGGAUGCUUUGAUGUGUAUUCCAUGAUAUCCGUGUGGCUAACGUUCCACGUGUGUUUAUGGGUAUUGAGGGCGUACAGGUGGCGUGUGGCUGAUGCCCCCUACUGGUAACGCUUGUCAUAUUUACUCGUAUUCUGCUCUGUAUUGUUUUCCUAAAGGGACUGUUUGCCAACAUCCCGCCCUCUUCCUGUGUUGGCACGGAAGGCUAUUGCUAACAUGCUAGCUUCUAUUUGUUCCCUUGAAAUGUUGUCAUGAUUUGCCAACCAUGUGCCCUGCUAAUGGAUCAUUCUGGAUG